UUAGGAUUUUGAGGUCUUGUACCAAAAAUGAUUUAUUUCAGCAGGUAUUAACCGGAUCCAAAGACACAGCUUUGGGAAAAAGACCUUUUUGUCAUGUUCGUUAAUGUAGUAUUUUUCCCCUUCGAGUGAGAAGUAAACGAGGACCGAGUGCACGUGAAGGGAACUGACCAAUCGCAGACCGCGCUCCGAGUAGAACGGUAUAAAUAAGCGGGCGGGUUGCCGUGUGAGCCGUUGGUCCGCCAUUUGAAGACUGUUUUGCGCCGUAUUUCUGAGAAAUAUACGUAACGUAAAAAAUAAAUAAAGCGAGUCGUUUGAUUAAGACUUUAUUUUGAAGCAGCGCUAACGUAAUCUUCCUGUAUCCUGGGUAAAGAAACGUGAAGAUCCUGCUUUGGCCGGCUUUCCAGCAGAAGUUCUUCGGCGCAGAAACGUCUGUCUCAGGGUCGGCAGUUUAAAACGCUCGUUGUUGUGCCCGAGACGGAAAGUGAUACAAGCAGAGGAUGUGUAAUGAGAGCUGAGCUGCCCACCAGACAUAGUUUCCCAAAUCCUCCUGUCUGCGCCCGUUGCCCUUUGGGGCACGCUCGACCAUGUCGGACUUGAUUCUCUGCAUGAAGGGGAACCCCCCUCCCCCUGAGUAUAAGAACCACAAAAAGCCAGGGCGGCUUACUAACCAGCUGCAGUACCUUGACAAGGUGGUGGUCAGAGCUCUGUGGAGGCAUCACUUCUCCUGGCCCUUCAGGCAGCCUGUGGAUGCUGUGCAACUCAACCUGCCUGAUUAUUACACAAUCAUUAAAAACCCAAUGGACUUGAACACCAUCAAAAAGCGUCUUGAAAACAAUUACUAUUGGAAGGCAAUGGAAUGUAUUGAAGACUUCAACACAAUGUUCACAAACUGCUAUGUGUACAAUCGGCCAGGAGACGAUAUAGUGUUGAUGGCUCAAGCCCUUGAGAAGCUGUUCCUGGAGAAGGUGGCCGAGAUGCCCCAGGAAGAGUGCGAGGUUACUGCCGUCACCAUCAAGGCACCGCUGAAAGGAAGGAGGAAGUCAACUACAGGACUGGGAAAAAUGAGGCCACAGUCUCCUGUCUCUGAGGUGGUCUUCCAGCAGACUGUGACAGUCAUCCCUCCUGAAGCUCUUCACACCAUCUCCUCCACUCCUCUGUCUACUCAUCUUGAAGCCAAACUGAAAAAGGGUGUGAAAAGAAAAGCAGAUACCACAACCCCCGCCGGCUCCACCAUCACCAGCAGCGAGUCGUCGCCUUAUGUGACCGAAACAAAGGUCCUGAAGUUGUUCUCCCGGCGAGGAAGUGGUAGGCCCAUCAAACCGCCAUGCAAGGACCUGCCCGAGUCCCCCCAGCAGCACCAAGUGGGCCGCAAAGCAAAGCUCUCAGAAAGACUCAGAUACUGCAGUGGAAUCUUAAAGGAGUUGUUUGCCAAGAAACACGCCGUCUAUGCCUGGCCUUUCUACAAGCCUGUGGAUGCCGAAGGGCUUGGCCUUCAUGACUAUCAUGACAUCAUUCAUGAACCAAUGGACUUGAGUACCAUUAAAAAAAAGAUGGACAGCCGUGAAUACACAGACGCAUCUCAGUUCGCCGCAGAUAUCCGGCUCAUGUUUUCAAACUGUUACAAGUACAACCCACCCACCCAUGAGGUUGUGGCCAUGGCCAGAAAGCUGCAGGAUGUUUUUGAGUCCCGCUUUGCCAGGAUCCCAGAUGAGCUGAGGGUUUUGGGUCAAGGCCAGCCCCAUGUGCCCAAGAGGGGGAAGAAGGAGAAAGCAGGCAGCCCGUCCAGCUCCGACAGCAGCGACACAGAAUCCUCUCACUCAGAAAGCUCAUCUGACUCUGAGAUAGAUGAAGAUGAAGAGGAGAGAGCACAGCGCCUGGCUAAUCUCGAGGAGCAGCUGAAAGCAGUGCGAGAACAGCUGCAGUUACUGACACAAACACCUCUAUUAAAACCAAAGAAGAAAGAGAAAUUGAAGAAGGAGAAAAAAAAGAAAAAAAGCAAAAGAAAGGGUGAUGGAAUGAGGAGUGCAGUUCCGUCAAAGGUGCAAAAGAGGGCCAGUAGCAGCAAGUCAACGGGGCGAAAUAAGGAUAGAGGGUAUGAGUCUGAUGAAGAACCUGCUCUGCCCAUGUCCUAUGAGGAGAAGCGGCAGUUGAGCCUGGACAUCAACAAGCUCCCUGGGGACAAACUUGGAAAAGUUGUGAACAUAAUCAAGGCCAGAGAGCCCGCAGUCAGAGACACGAAUCCAGAGGAGAUUGAGAUUGACUUCGAGAUGCUCAAGCCAUCUACACUUCGAGCGCUGGAGAGCUUCGUCUUGACCUGCCUCAGGAAGAAGCCCAAGAAACCUAACCAGAAAAAGUCGCAAAAGCCAAAACCGGAGAAGAUGAAGGAGACAGAGAAACAGAAUGUCAGUGAAGAGCUGAACUCAACCAAGAGGACCAAGUGCAAGAGUGAGUCAGGAGAGCUGAAGGAUUUGACACGGUCAUCCCGCCUCAGCGACAGCAGCAGCACCUCUGACUCCAGCUCAGACAGCAGUAGUACUGACUCUAGCUCUUCUGAUAGCAGUGACUCUGACUCAGAGCAGAAAGCUAAGAAGAAGCAAAACAAAACCCCUGGUCAUGGCAACAAAAGUAAAAACAAGGCGUCGAAGUGGAGUGUUCGCCCUGUGCUGAAGGAGCCUUGCCGGGUGCGACUUCCGUCUGGGCAGCCUGUGCCCUCGGCAACAGACUCCAAAAAGCUGUCUGCGCAAACGGAAAUGGAGCAGGUCGCCAAGCCACCUGCCGAGGAGGCUGUUCCAGAACCGCCAGCCCUGCACAGUCGGCUGCCUCCUCAACCUUCCAGACCCAGUGCCAAAGCGGCUCCUCUGAUUCGCAAAACCUGGACGGCCCCUCUGCUGCCCCUUACCGUGCCCCCAGAACAAGGCCCCCAUCCUCUGCCUCCUGCUCCCUCCCUCUGCAGCCUCAUAACAGCCCCACCCGAACAUUCCCCACCCCCUGCCUGCCCGCAUCCAUCUGCCUCACCCAGUUCGCCCCAGAGUGCCCAGCGUGCAGUCGAUCCCACCUCCCCACACACUUCCCCAGCGCUGCCUCACUCUGUCUCGCAGGAGUCCUACGAUGGCCCCCCUGCUGCCUUAGAGGCUCAGCAGGAAGGUUUCCCUGCCCUCCUUUCUCCGCUCACCUCUCCUCCUAGCCUGCCCUCCACAAACCCAGCCCCAUCUGCUGUAAAAUCACAGCCCAUCACUAAGGAGCAGUGUCCAGGGCUGUCCCCCCUGCCUCAUGUAAGGGAGGAUGAGGGAAAUCCAGGCACAGGGAGGGAGUCUUUGGCUCAGCUGCACAAAACGCCUGGGGCUAAACCUGCAGAAGGAGGCGAACUGUGCAAGUCCUGCGAAGAGGUCAAACCCAGUGUCCCUAAGAUGGAAAUCGUUCUAAAGAAUGCAGACUCAUGGACGAGCCUGGGCAAGAUGGCUACUCUUGCUCCCUCCACCAUCCGGUCAUCUAAGGAGAGUUUCCAGCAAUUCCGCAAGGUUGCCAUGGAGAAGGAGGAGCGAGAGCGGGCCCGUAAACUCCAGCUGGAGGCAGGCCGAGAGAUGAGUGCCACAGACAAGAGCAGUCUGACACAGCAGCUUGCUAAGUCCAAGCUGGAGAGCCAAGCCUCAAAGCUGGAGGUGGAGCCUGCAGAGCUUCCCCUGAUGGCAGCUAUCUUAGAUGCACCAAAAGCCCCUGAACCCUCCCCUCCUUCACAAAGCUCUGUGGACCCUGAGAGAGAAAUGGCCCGCAAGAGAGAGCAGGAGAGACGCAGACGAGAAGCCAUGUCUGGAGUCAUCGACAUGACCAUGCAGAGCGACAUCAUGGCAACCUUUGAGAACAACCUUGACUGAGACUGCUGUAACAUCAAUUUUUUUGCUGUUUAAAAAAAUGCUGCUGUUCAGUGAACAAAGCAGCCCGUCUCCUCUCCGCUUCCUGAAGAGUGCGAGUCCUGGCGACUGAAACGGGUUUAUAGCACUUCACCAGGGGCAAACCUUACAAUAUGGUAACCUCAUUUUACUUUGGCACAUUCAAACUGAAGGGAAAGGUAGUACUGUAAAGGUAGGAUGUCAGUAGAGUUCAAUGCACCUUUAUUUCCAUGUUUUUUUUUUUUUUAAACCGAGUUUACUGAAAUGAAGGCUUAUGUGGAAGAAAAUGUCAGUUGCACCUCAAACAUAUGUUUUACUUGCAUCUGUUACCUUCUGUAUCUUUUUUUUUCUACUUUUUGUACCGAAGUGUUUUUGUAACAUUCAUAUUCGUCACAUGACAUCGUCAUGACAUUCGUCACAUUCUGUAAAUAUGUCUACUGUGUUUAAGAUAUAGCUGGUCUUCUCACGCUAGCUGUUGACAGAACUGUAGUGGCUACUUCUGUAUGGCCUUCAAUUGCUGUUUCUCACAUUUGUCCUCAUUCAGUGAGUAACACAAAAACGCUCUGUGCUCCAGUUUGCUGAUUUUUGAUCGUCUUGUUAUCGAGGUUUUUUUUUUCCUGUUGUAAAAGUAAAAUGUAUGUGGAAGGAAUAUUUUCAUUUAUGUUAAUAAGUAAAAUAAUUAUAUUAGUAUGUUAUUCAGAGGAUAGAUGUUAUAUAUUUGCCUGAUGUCAGUUUUCUAUUAAUGAAAAUUGUUUAGGUGGAAUAUAAGCUUUUUUUUUUUUUUUUUCCUUCUACUACAUCCUAUUGGAAGAACAGUGCCAUUAUAUUGUGUAUAUUGUGUCUGAGAGACUGGGCAUUGAGGUCCCUUAAGGUAGCACCUUCUCCUGGCCUGUGCUGAGUUUUAGUCAGGCCUGGGGCUGGGCUCAGAGGACACAGUGCAGUGCUGGGCAUGUCACAGUCAAUUCUGCAGCGAUUUACCUUCUGUGCGUACAUGCGCGCGCACACACACACACACACACACACACACACUUCCCCACACAAGCACUUUACUAUCCCGACAGAAAUGAGGGAAGCAAAACUGUAUUAUUUCAAAGUUAAGCUAAAUCAAUUAAAAAGAUAUUUUCAUUUAAA